CUUAAAUGACACAUGGACAAUCAAACCACAGUGUCUUAUUUCUUGCUCCUAGAAUUCUCAAAAAAUCGGCAUCUGCAGCUUUUGCAUUUCUUCUUCUUCUUUGUGUUAUAUCUGGCUACUGUAACAGCAAAUCUUCUCAUCAUCUCUGCAGUAGCUUUUGACCAUCGACUACACAGCCCCAUGUACUUCUUUCUAAUGAAUUUGAGUCUGCAGGACCUGGGCAUUAUUUCAGUUAUUGUCCCCAAAUCCAUGGUAAAUUCUCUCAUGGACACCAGACACAUCUCAUAUGUUGGUUGUGUUACUCAAAACUUUCUCUUUCUUUCUUUUGAAGCUUCUGAUUUAUCCCUCCUGACAGCCAUGGCAUAUGAUCGGUAUGUUGCCAUUUGCCAUCCAUUGCACUAUGAAAUGGUGAUGAAUUGGAAAGCCUGCACUGAAAUAAUAAUUCUAGUGUGGCUUGCUGGUCUUCUCUAUGGAAUGUUGCAUACCAUUGGCAGUUUUUCCAUUCUGUUUUGUUCUAAUGUUGUCAACCAGUUCUUCUGUGAAAGUCCACAAUUGCUAAAACUAUCCUGCUCUGGUUUAAAUUUACUUGAGGUUGGAAUUAUUGCAGCCAGUAUCAUUGCUUCACUAGGCUGUCUUAUUUUUAUUAUUGUAUCUUAUGUAGUGAUCUUCAAGGCAGUGUUUAGAAUCCCCUCUGAUCAAGGUAGACAAAAAGCCUUAUCCACAUGUAUUCCUCACCUUACAGUAGUGUCUAUGUUAUUAUUAAGUGGAUAUUUUGCCUAUGGGAGGCCUCCCCCUAACACACAAUCUUACUUAGAUUUUGGGUUGACUGCUGUAUAUUCCCUCCUUCCACCCCUGCUCAAUCCAAUCAUCUAUAGCAUGCGGAAUAAAAAUAUCAAAUGUGUCAUUUUUCAGCUGUGGAGAUUCUGA